CCUCCUUAUUCUACUGAAGGUUCUGCAACACACCAGGACCCCAGAGACAUCGGCUUCACAAACACACACAGACACACUGUGUGUUACGGCAGGGCACAGGAGCCGUGGGCCGGUAGUGGACUUGGAACUGCACUUACCUCCAGACCCGUCCUGGUGAGUAACUUCACGUUUUAACGGUUUUAAGAUCCAUAUUUUUUGUGCUGUGUCAGGGCUUCACGUUGGUAGAUAGACGACUGGUAGACUUUUAAUGUGCAACCGUAAUUUAUUCAUUGUUAAAUGAAGGAAACGAUGUCACCAUAUGGCAGGAAAACAAAGAUAGAGCUCAUCAAAAUACCGGUUUCUAGUUCUACCAGCCAUAUGUUCGCUUCUAAUAAGAGUCCAUGUUCAUCUAGUUAUUUCUGUUUGUAGUGUAUCAGGGAGUCCGCCCAGUGAUCUCCAGCUCUCCACCAUCAGUCCAUCAUGGGCAAACCCUUCACCAAACCCACUUCGAAGCCCUUCCAGAACUCCAACUUCUUCAACUUCAAUCACACGUCCUACGCCCAACCCCCCGCAGAUGAGAUCCCGGCCCCUCGACCCAGCAUCUUCGCCACGCUGAGGAGGCCCCCCGUCGCCAAGCCCAAUGAUUUCAUUCCCCUGUUCAACGACUGCAUCUCGGCCGCGGUGUCCAGAACUCAGGAGUACCUCCUCUUCACAGACCCCGAGGUCAAGUUCCACCCGAGCCCCGAGGUGCUCACUCAGGUCUUCCUGAUGACCUACAUAACCCAGAGUCUCUGCCUCAACAUGACAGACACCUUCAACUGCACCGCCAUGACCCCCGAGCAGCGCAUCCUCCUCGGGGCCGACUGGGUCUGGGCCCUGCUGCACAAGCCCACCAAGAACCCUCGGAUCCAGAUCGCCGUGCAGAUCCUGCACCUGCCGGAGAGGGAGGACGCGGAGGAGGAAGACUUCCCCUCCGAUGGCUUCAGUGAGUCCAUCCGUAUGGCCCAGAGGGCGACGGGCAACAAGACCAUGUACGAAAGGUUAGUGGACUUCUGCGCCUCGGUGGGCAAGGACUGCUACGCCCUCUUCUUGUUCUUCGGGAGGAAAAACGACAAGGGAAACAUCUACGGCGUCCUCAGCAACAACUUCGAGGCGGCCAUCGGGAAGUGCGACAGGAUCGACCGGCCGUUCAUCGAGAACUUCUUCAAAGGUUCCCGGUAUCUCCACACACCUGCAGGAAUGAUGCAGGCGAUCGUCAGCAAGAAGGAGGGAGAUCCUCUCACGCUCAUGAUGAAAUUCAGCUGAACCACAGGAGCUGAUGACACCAGAUGAUACCAGAUGAUACCAGAUGAUACCAGACCCCAGGAAAACACUCGACCUCACGUGAUGAGUCAAGAUUAACGAGCUCCUUUCGUGAUGAAUGUUGAGUUUGAUAAAGUUAGAGGAGUUUGAAGGAGUUGCUGAUGGAGCAUCUCACGUCCAUCCAGAGUUUUCUGUUGUUUACUUUUCAAAUAGCUUCAACCGAAGACUUACCACAUUUCUACACAUGAAUUUAACACGUACGACAAUUACAACACUACGACAACAUUAGCUCGACGUUCAACAUUUUACCUUUCAUUUAACUUUCUAUAAAGUAACACAACAGGGGGCUCAGGUUAUCUAGAUGGUUCUGAAUGCAGCGUGUGGAUGUGUCACAGAGAAGCUGGGUUCUGUUCUGUUCCAGUGUGAAACCAGUGCCACACCCUGAACAUGCAGCAGAUGAAUUCCAUCAGUUUCUAUUAUUUUAUUAUUUACUUUGCACCUUUGCCAAAAUGAAAACGAGUUCAUUAAUUUUAUUCAUUUCAACAUCGUGGCUGUUUUACUGGAGAACUCAAACCUCAGCACUCGAAGCUUUUCAAUGUUUCACUGUUUAAAGUCGUUUUUCAAUCAUUUUAGAAUAGAUUUAGUUUUACCUGCUUCUCUUCUGUUACAUUUUGAAUUUUGAUGUCUUCAAACUGCUGCUUUUUAUUGUUUUCUAUUGUUUUCCUUCAAUUCUUCA